AUGUCAAAUAAUGAAGGAAUCAACGAGUAAGAAUAAUAACAUCCCCUUGACUACUACAAGGAAUCGAUUCGAUUAUACUAUUAUAAUAUAGUUCUCCAUUAACAUGUUGAAUAAGUCACUCAAGAGCGAAAUGAGAUUAAACAAAAAUUAUAGAAAUUUUAAGCUUUGGAGGAUCAAGAAAGUGACCUAUCCAUGGAUGACAAAAGAAAAAGAAACAGAAGAUCAGCUGUUGAGAUUCCAAGAAGUCAUGUUUGUUAGAUAAAAAAUUGUAAUAAAUCUUAUGGCUCAGAAGGAUCGUUAAUGCAACAUAUGAAAAUUAAACAUGGUAUUACCCUUGAAAAACAUAUGAAUUUCAUUUUAUGA